AUGAUGGAUCAGAAGAUAUAUCAUGAGAAACAGAGACUAUCUUUGUGUGCUCUGCAUUGUUUAAAUAAUCUGCUACAAAAAGAAGUAUUUACUAAAGCAAUAUUGGAUGAAACCUGUGAAAAAUUGACAGAUAAGAAAUGGUUCAACCCGCAUAGAAGUUACAUUGGAACUGGAAAUUAUGAUGUCAAUGUUAUCAUGUCUGCUUUGGAAAGUAUCAAUUACUCCAUCACCUGGUUUGACAGACGAAAAAGUUACACAGAAGUUGAUUGGAAUAAUAUCUUUGGCAUAAUUGUGAACUGCAAAUCCUCAUUUUUCACCUAUGGGCCAAUAAAUAUACCAUCACCACGAAAACAUUGGUUUGCUGUACGAAAAUUAAGCGACAAUUUAUUUUAUAAUUUAGACUCCAAAUUGAACAGUCCUCAGGUCAUUGGGACAGCUGAUCAGUUAAUAGAAUUUUUGAAUGAAAAAUCUUCAUGUGAUAUUUCAAUUCUGAUUGUCAACAAAUCGCCAGUAUGA